AUGAGCCCAAAAGUAGAAAAACUUCCUAUCCCAUCUGUAGUUUUAGGAGAAGGCCCUCAUUGGGAUAUCGCUACACAGUCACUUUACCUUAUUGAUAUUUCUGGUUCACAACUUAUAAGAUAUGACCCUAAAGCCAACAAAGCAUUCAUUGUGAAGCUAGAUGUUCCUUUAGCUUCAUUUAUCAUUCCGGUAGAAGGAUCUAAAGGACAAUAUGUCGUCGGUUCUGGCAUCAAACUCUAUUUAAUAAAAUGGGAUGGAACUUCAGACAAAGCUGAAUCAGUGGAACUUCUCCAUCAGCUCACCAAUGACUCCGAAGCUAAUAGGAUCAAUGAUGGAAAGUGUGAUAACACAGGGCGUCUGUGGUUUGGAACUAUGAGUAAAGAAGAUAUUUUUAAUACAAAGAAUGGUAAAUUAUAUAGUUAUUCAAAAAAAGAAGGCUGCCGAGAAUUCGUUUCUGGUGUUGGAAUUAGUAAUGGUCUUGCUUGGGAAGGAAAUAUAAUGUAUUAUAUUGAUUCAUUGGAACAAUCAGUUGAUUGUUUCGAUUAUAGCAGCAAUGGGAAUAUUGAAAACCGAAGGAAAGUAUUCGAUUUAAAGAAAAAUAACAUGACAUGUUUUCCUGAUGGUAUGACCAUAGACAAAGAUGGAAAAUUAUGGGUUGCUUGCUAUGAAGGUUCACAGGUCAUACACGUAGAUCCAAAGACAGGAGAGCUACUUAAUAAAGUGCCUAUGCCUACUUCUCAAAUCACCUCAGUGGCAUGGGGUGGAUCCAACCUGGAGGACUUAUACGUUACCUCCGCUAACAAUCAUACCGACGGUGGUAACCAUCCUGAUGCUGGUUGCACAUUUAGAAUUACUGGUCUGUCAACUUCCGGUUUGCCAAUGAAUGAAUUCAAGUUGUGA